AUGGCACAGACCAACAGCGGUGGGCAGGGGACCAACGGGGUAGCGGAUGAGUCCCCCAACAUGAUAGUGUACAGAAAGAUGGAGGAAGUAAUAGCACGCAUGCAGGAUGAGAAAAAUGGCAUCCCAAUCCGAACAGUGAAAAGUUUUCUUACCAAGAUCCCCAGUGUAUUUUCAGGUUCUGACAUUGUACAGUGGAUGAUCAAGAAUCUGGACAUCGAAGAUCAAGUGGAGGCUCUUCACCUAGGAACUCUGAUGGCUGCACAUGGUUACUUCUUCCCCAUCUCAGAUCACGUCCUCACUCUCAAAGAUGAUGGCACUUUCUAUAGGUUUCAGACUCCCUACUUUUGGCCAUCAAACUGCUGGGAACCAGAAAACACAGACUAUGCUGUUUACCUCUGCAAAAGAACAAUGCAAAAUAAAGCACGUCUGGAGCUUGCAGACUAUGAAGCGGAGAGCUUAGCAAGGCUACAGAGAGCUUUCGCCAGGAAAUGGGAGUUCAUUUUUAUGCAAGCAGAAGCACAAGCGAAAGUGGACAAGAAAAGAGACAAAAUUGAGAGGAAAAUCCUUGACAGUCAGGAAAGAGCAUUCUGGGAUGUUCACAGACCAGUGCCUGGAUGUGUGAAUACAACAGAAGUCGACAUAAAGAAGUCCUCCAGAAUGAAAAACCCCCAUAAAACCAGAAAGUCUGUGUAUGGGCUGCAGAAUGAUAUCCGUACCCAUAGCCCAACCCACACCCCCGCCCCAGAGGCCAAACAACCUACAGAAGAAGAACUGCAGGAACAGAUCACCUUUUGGCAAUUGCAAUUAGACAGGCAUCGACUGAAAAUGUCCAAAGUGGCAGAGAGUUUGCUGGGCUACACAGAGCAGUACCUUGAAUACGACCCCUUCCUCACGCCUCCAGACCCAUCCAACCCCUGGAUCUCAGAUGACACCACACUCUGGGAACUCGAAGCCAGUAAGGAACCAGGUCAGCAGAGGGUAAAGAGGUGGGCUUUUGGCAUUGAUGAGGUUCUCAAAGAUCCUGUGGGGAGAGAGCAGUUCCUCAAGUUCCUGGAGUCUGAGUUCAGCUCAGAGAAUCUCAGGUUCUGGCUAGCAGUCCAGGAACUAAAGAAGCGUCCCAUCAGAGAAGUUCCAACUCGAGUUCAGGAGAUCUGGCAGGAGUUUCUGGCCCCUGGAGCUCCUAGUGCCAUCAAUGUUGACUCCAAGAGCUACGCCAAAACCACCCAGAAUGUCAAAGACCCUGGACGCUACGCCUUCGAGGAUGCACAGGAACACAUCUACAAAUUGAUGAAGAGUGAUUCUUACAGUCGUUUCAUCCGUUCCAGUGCCUAUCAGGAGUUAUUACAGGCCAAGAAGAAGAAAAGUAAGAACUUGUUCUGA